UGCCGGAAAUUCACACAAAGGAGAAGUGUCCACGUCGUACGCAAGACGUGUUGUUGUGCGUGGAAUAUUACCAGGCAGCUUAAUGCAUUUGGGAACAAACGUUUAUCUUUAAAGCACCUCUGAUGCUAUAAUUAACCAUUCGUUGGUUGUAUGUGAGAUUGAAAGUGCAGUUACAUUUUUUACAAGAAAUCAAGAACACGUUCACUUGCUCUAAAAGAUGGCUUCGUCUGAUGGAAACAAAAACACGGAACCAUGGGGCGGUUUUGAUGACAACAUUAUCCAGGGCACUGGGUCAGCAGUGAUUGACAUAGAGAACAUGGAUGACACAUCAGGCUCCAGCUUUGAGGACAUGGGGGAGAUGCACCAGCGCAUGAAGGAGGAGGAAGAGGUGGCAGAGGAGGCGGAAGCAACUGAAGAGGAGACUGGAGAGGAUGGCGAGUUUCUGGGCAUGAAGGGUAUCAAGGGCCAGCUGAGGAGACAGGUGGCAGAUGAGGUGUGGCAAGCAGGAAAGCGUCAGGCUUCCAAAGCUUUCAACCUAUAUGCCAACAUAGAUAUUCUCCGGCCGUACUUUGAUGUAGAGCCUAUGCAAGUCAGGAACAGGUUGAUUGAAUCAAUGAUACCCAUCCGCAUGAUACAUUUUCCACAGAAGAUUGCUGGGGAGCUCUAUGGGCCCAUGAUGCUGGUGUUCACGCUGGUGGCCAUCCUCCUGCAUGGAAUGAAGACAUCAGGAACAGUUAUUAGAGAGGGUACUCUGAUGGGCACAGCCAUAGGGACGUGCUUCGGUUACUGGCUGGGAGUUUCCUCCUUCAUAUACUUCCUGGCAUAUCUGUGCAACGCCCAGAUCACCAUGGUCCAGACGCUGUCUCUGCUUGGUUAUGGUCUUUUCGGACACUGCGUGGUUCUCUUCGUCACCUACAACGUCCACUUCCACUCCCUGUUCUACAUCCUGUGGCUGGUCGUAGGAGGGCUCUCCACACUGCGGAUGGUGGCUGCUCUCAUCUCUCGGACCGUGGGACAGACCCCACGCCUCAUCCUCUGUGGAACACUGGGUGCUCUGCAUAUGCUCUUUCUGCUCUACCUGCACUUCGCUUAUCACAAGAUUGUUGAAGGUAUCCUGGACACAUUGGAAGGACCCAACAUGCCCCCCAUCCAGAGAGUGGCUAGAGAUUUGCCUGUGGUGGCCACCGCUGCUAUGAAUGCUGUGAAUGCCACAGUGAAGACCCUUGGUGUUAUCCUACAGUCACAGUGAUGGUGUGUCCAACAUCAAAGAUGAUACCACAGGCUCAUGAGCCUGAAUUCCACAGUGGUGGUGUUGUGUAGGUAAUACAGACUGAAGUGAAGGUCAAAGACCAUUAUGGUGGCUGGUUACAGUUGACAUUUGACCUUCAUCAUUAAACAUGAACAUUGUCUCAGUAAACGCAUCGCCAUCAGUUCACAACAACUCUUACAACUUUCAUUCUCCAUGGGAAAUGACAUGCUUACCCUGGAUGUUUAUAUUGUACCUAAUCAAAAGAACUAAAUGAUGGAGUGAGAUGUCAUGCUGGUGCUGUGACUCUUUUCAAACGAUAGCAAAUUGCCUCCACCUUUUCAUAGGGGUCUUGUAUUUGUUAAAGCAGCAUGAGUGCACUAAGAUUCCCAGCUGUUUGCAUUUGUACUCAUGUUAAGACCAGUUCAUCUCCAACUCGACACUUUCUCUCCUCUUGUAGGCUUUGUUACACGGGUUAUGGCGAUAACAUCAAUUGAUGUUUUAACGUUCUAGACGUUCAAUGGGAGGAAGGUUCUAAAGCAGUGUGUGGUGCCUUCUAUUGUUUUUCGAAGGAUUUAUUAUCAUGUAUGAUAUGGGGUAAAUUAGAGUUUCAUCUCUUGUUUUACACAAUGCACAUCCAUUGUCUGUAGUUUUAAUAACCGAACCAGAAAAAAUAACGAGAAAUGCAGUUGACAUGUCAUAUGAGAUAUGUAAUAGUGCGUUAUCUUAUGAAUAUUGUUCCUUCUAAGCACCUUUUGUUUCAUCCAAUCAUUUGUUUUGUGCAUUAUUUGUACUUCCUAACAACAUUGUUUUUGGGUGGAAUGCAAGGUGACCUCUUUUUUUAUUUUACAUGUGAAAAUGUAUUUAUAGGGUUAUUGUACAGAAAGAUACAAUGGAAAUAAACUUUAUCGACCUAA